GACUGGUCCUACCCGCCUUCCACCCGAUGAUCAUGCCGCGCGACACGAGGCCGCGAGGCGACACGAAGCCGCGAGGCGCCUCUCGCGUGGGCGCCUUCCUUUUGGCCGCAGGCGUCUUCUUUGCCGGGUACUCCGCCGGCACGUGCGCGGCGGCGCACGGCGCGGCGCAGCUCGCGGCUCGGCAGCAGAGGCAGGCCAUGCGCGAGGUGGAUGUCAUUCGCAACGCGCAAGCCAUGCGGUGGGCGUCCGACCGGGGGCCCGCUUCAGUCCCGCCGGAGAAGGUGGCGAGGCGGGCGGUGCCGCCGGCGGAGAAGGGAGGCUCGCUCGACGAUGGGUGGUGGGGGUUCGGGGCGACCGGGUACGAGAAGGACGACACCAGCUUCUACGCCAACUGCACGCAGGGGUGGAACUACUUGCGCGGCGACUGCAAGAUCAUGCAGUCGUUUGACAUUGGCGCACCGGCCGAGGGACGGCCCCACAGCCACGGCGGCAUCGACGAGGGGACCUUCCAGGUCGACCUCUGGCUCAACCCGACCAACACGGCGCCGCUCCUCUUGAAGCCCUUCUAUGCGGGCGCGCACGGCGCCUGGUCGGCGGGCUACUGGGCAAAGACGUGGGUCCUCUACCCCAUUCCCGACCUCAAGCUGCCCUCCAGCAUCGACAGCCCGCAGCACCAGCUCUGCGCCUUCUCCGGCAUGUUUUGCUGAGAGAGGGGCUCGCCGGAAGAGGGGUGGAUGCGGAAUCGGCGUCGCGCAGUAGCAUACUCAGCACCGCAUGGGCGCCCGCUCUCGUUUGCGCGAGGCGGCGACCGGCCGUCGGAGGUCGAUGAUCGGCUGAGUGGACGUUGGCUCUUACGUUUGACCAUGCUCUCAGGCCCCAUGGUGUGUUGUGCGUGGAUAUGUUCAUGAUCCCAUGUGCAUGGAGUGACGCGCACGCGGGGCGGGCUGUGUCGGCGGCGGCGGGGCCCGCGCUGGGGGGCGGCGGCGCGCUUCCACCCUCUACGAGUAGAGACUGCUGUGUGCUGACUAGAAAUUAGCGAGUGCAGCGAGAGCCGUUCAUGAAUUCUUUUCUUUCUGCUGUGUCUGUUUAUC